GUCAAAACAGCACUUCCGAGUACCUUAAGUUCAAUCAAGCUGUUGGAUAAUUCGUAGAAGUCAAACCUCACUUUGAAACUUGGGUUUCCUUGCCAUACCUGCAGGCUUGUGUCCUGAAACUCUGCCCACUCAGCAGAACUCAUGUUGGCAUAUGCGUUCCUCAUCACGUUCCUGGUAUCCCCCAAGCACGUAAGUAUCAUACGGGUGUGGACGCAAUCGAAGGAGAUGAAAUGUUCGCACUCGCCCUGGCAAUCCUCGUGGUCGGAACUCGGCUCCGGGAAAUAUCACUUCCCCUCUGCAUCAUUCUUGAUGAAGGCACAGUUGGACACCUGCGCCUACGGCCGGAUGGCGCUGAGAUCGGUUUUUAUAACCUAGGACGACAGGACGACAGGUUCGAUCCAUUUUGGGCGAUGUUCU